AAAGGAAAAAAGUGCAGUUGAUUAAAAUGGACAAAUUAAACCUAAGUGGAAAUGACACAAAUGGUGUCUGUACAAGGGCAAAGCUGAAAAAGAAAUCGAAUCCUUAUGCUUCGAACGUCAAUCGAAUUGCGGAACAAAUUAUACGGAGUGUGCAGGAUGUUAUAAAAGUGUCAAAAAACAAUAAAUUCAAACAAGAUAGCUUAAAUAUUGUGGAUGCAGAAGACUUUGAGGAAUUCGAAUACAAGACAACUAAGCGGCUAAAAAGUUUGCUGAAAUCUCGCAGGCGAAAACAGGAAAAUAUGGUUGUUCAGUUAAAUAAAAAUGCAAGCGAGAAGAGCCAAUCUGCCAGUACUCACAAUGUUGAUAGAUUUCAGUUUCUACAAGAGAAAAAUUCAUAUUCUCCCAUUCGUAAACGCGUGCGUAAAGAACCUUUGACACAACUUCCAACAGUUUUAUCUCAAGAAACAACUAAAGAAAUGAAUAGAGAUGACAAAAACAAAGUGAUCGUCGAUUCAAUCAAUGUCACUAAUUUGACGCAGAACUGUGUUGACAUGUCUGUCUUGUGUGAUUUUAUUGAUGGUAACAACGAUCAAUUAGACGAAUGGUUAGAAACUGACAAAGAAUUUGAUAAAAACUUUAAAAUGUGUGAAAACAACAGUGAAAAGAGAUCUUCACCAUUUUCUAAGGAGUACAAACAUCAGGAAGCCUUACAAAACAAAGGGGAGAUUUCGCAAAACCAGGAGCAAAAAACUAUUAGCGGGUUUACCACAACGCUCGUAUCUUCGUCUAUUACUGAUAAAGGUAAAUUAAAAGACGGUCUUUUAGAAACGGAAGAAGAAAGGAAAACGGGAAAAAAUAAUAGCCUGCUUGACUGUUCGUCUAAUAACUCCAUCUUCAAACGAACAGAACUGUUACCCACUUGCCUUGCAGGCGUUCACACCAUUCAAAAUGAGUCUGAUAACAGAGAAAACCAAGUAGUGACAAUACUCAGUCAGAAAAUUUUAUCUGAAGAUUGGCUUGAAGAAUACAAACACGAUGAAUUUUGGGCGAGAUUGAGUCCGUCCCCACAGGACGAUUAUAGUUUAGAAAAUUUUGAUCUUGAAGGUCGAGAUCUGUUUUGCGUCGAUGAAAAUUUGAUUCUGUAACUUGUUUUGAUUCUGUUAACUUAGGCAAGGCAAGUGCUAAAAAAUUAAAGAAAGAAGUUCGCAAAGUCACAUAAAAUGACACUUCUGU